AUGGCUUCCACGCGGGUCCAGCACUCUAUGGGCUCUGUGCACAGGUACCCCCUCAAGGGCCAGCAGCAAGUAGACCUCAAUCCCGUGGACCGACGCACCCAGAAUAAACUCCUGGAGCAGAAGCGACGAGACUCGCUGAAGAAUUCCAUCGACAACCUGAAGAAUGCCCUGCCCGACGGCCGCAACCUGGCUGACCAGACGCAACAAAGUGUACUACUCAAAGCUCAGAACUACAUCAAGGACAUGGUAGGGAAACAACAGCGGAGCAAAACCUGUUUGGAAGAUCUUAAGAGUGUCAAGUCCAGAAACAACGUCCUAGAAGACAACAUUGCCAUGCUGAAGCAGGAAUACGACAUCCUGAGCAACAUGGAGUAAGACCAGAAGUCCAGGCUACUGUGUUCAGCAUUUGAAGCAGGUGACCAUCCCACCACUGCAGCUUCUGGUGUCUAUCCACUUCCCCAAAACACAACUUCCACUUGGCUACAGCCGAGACAGGCCUCAACAGCUCACAGCUAGCAAACUUCUUUCUGAUCAGCAGAGAGGGAUGUACGGUUAUUUAUGACAAUCAGAAGAUAUUUUAUGAAGGAAAAAUCAUCUGGGAUUCAAAGUUUCUGAGAAACUUGGGUGGGAACUAAAGGAGCGAUGUUUGUUUGAGAGAUUUUACAAAAAGCCAGUGAUUUUCCUUUUUUUUUCGAAAAAAAUUGUCAGUUUCUGUUUGUGAUAAUCCCAAAUUCUGAGCCAUGGGCAUAUUGUGUGAACAAAAUCUGUGUCGCCUUUAUCUUGUGCGUCAUGUAGUUCAUGACAGCUGAAAUGAGCUGCACAGACUUAUUUCUCAGAAUGCGCAUGCAACCAGUCAUCAUAAGUCACAAACCUUAGUCAUGAAUUGGCUUUUAAAGUAAGUUAAAUAUUUCUUUGUUCACUAAAUGUAGCUGGUGCUUCCAAAGCGGAAGUCCAUUACAGACGGGAAAGUCAUUGGCCAUUUGAAAUGUACGCAGGUCUUCCAACGAAAGAAACAGCCAAAGAAAAUAGCAAAGAUUUGUUAUUAUUAUUAUUAUUAUUCUUUUAAAUAAAAUUAUGUUGCUAUUUCCUAUAUAUUGAGCAUGACUUGGGACACAAAAAAAGUUAAUUAAAUAGGAAUUAAAUUGCCUUAAAAUUUACUGAUUUAUUCAAGUUAAGAAUUAAAAGGCCCUCUUGAUAAUUGAGCAAUUUACAUAUUUAUAUGAAACACCCAGGCUUUAUCGGUUGCUUUGCGAUGUAAAAAUACGUAUUUGUUAUUUUGGAAACUUGAAUUUUAUUGUAAAUUUCUGUAUGUACAUAAAGGUUCUGUACCAUAACCUUUUUUUGUUGUUGUAGAAAUAGCAACCGAGGGCUACAUUUUGAACUACAGUGUGAAGUAUUAAAGUAUGGCAACUUUCAAACUUGCAGAGCGCCCUCUAUUAAUAGCAGUCAGUCAUUGGCAGGCAAAAACUGCUUUUUUUUUCAAUCCUGGCAACAAACUUUGUUCUUACCCACUGUCCAAUUUAAAAAAGCACUGGUGACCUUUAAUAUCUCUCACAGAAUUUUGUGGAGGAAAUGCAGAGCAUUGUGGGUAAUUUAGAGCAUUGUGGGUAAUUUACUGCUGAGGUCAUUGCACAUGGGUCAUUCGGUAAAGUUAGGGUCUAAAGUGUGACAUUUUUCCUGUCUCUUUGGAAAUGUUGCAUUCAAGUAUCAUUAAGAAUUAAUUCAAAAGAGUUUUUCCUUUAUUGGGUACAUGUAGGUAAUUCGCUAUUCAUAAUCACUCUUGGAAGACGACUUCAUUAAAGAGUGCAUCAGAUUUACAAACUCACAAAUGUCAGAUGUAACACAGGGACAGGAAAAAAAAGUGGACCCAAAAUUUAUAGAAUGACCAACAUUCAUUGUGCAUGCAGAAGUGCUGACCAUAGGGCAUCAUUUAAAUUAAAUAUAUAUCAAACGAGGGCUCAAAUAGAUGAAAUAUCACCACUAGAGGGCGCUCUUAGUUCAAACAAAGCACGCCUGCUGCCUCAUCUAAUUACAUACAUGUAGCUACGCAUAAAAAGCCAAAACAAAAAUAUCUAUGCAAUGAUGUUACAUAAUGUACUACAUUAUACUUGUCUGUCCUCACAUUUUAAUUUUUUUCUUCAUUAUUUUGUUUUGGGUAAUAACAAUUUUGACAGUGACAGACUGAGUUGAUAUCAGUUGCCAUGGUAACUAACAGAAAUAAUUUGUAAAGGACAACCUAGAGUUAUUCUUUUUUUUAUUGCAUUGAUCUAAUUCGAAACUUUAUUACUUUUUGUUGGAUCUCAAGUCCAUUUUCCUUGAGUUCAUUUAUUUAUAUCAUUCAAUUAAGAAAGAAAAGUGAUACAUGUAUACUAUGUAUCACAAUUUAAAGGGAUAAAUAAUAGACAGAAUUUAGAUGGUACAACUACAACAAAAAGUUGUAUGCGGUAAAUACAGUGUAUUUAUAUGUAAAUUUGAAGGAAAAAACCCUGUUUUGAAUGAUGGUAACUUUUCUUCCUUGUUUUAUUAUUUGGUUUUGUCGUCUAAGUUUGUUAUUUUAGCCAACUUUCUCUAGUUAGAAAUCUAACUUCAUUUGAAACUGCAUUUUUGCCAGGGCCAAACAAAUCACAUUGGCUUUAUAAAUAGAUGUUUGUUUGUUCUUUGUUUACAUUGAUGUCACACCAUUCUUAAUAUAUGAGUAUUUUUUGUGCAUAUUUUUAUUUUCCAGUCAGUAACAGUUAUGUGUAUUGUGUUGUCACAAUGGCAGUCAUUGAGUAACAAUGUCAGAAAUUGUUAACGUGCGCAGUAAACUGUUCGUGCUUGUCUUUUUUUUUUAGAUGUAGUAUGACUGUUGACGGAAUCAGGUGUGAUUGACAAAAAAAGGUGUUCCAUCAAAGUAUUCUUUGUCAAUUCUUAAUUAAAACAAAAAAGCUAAUCUGUAUGUUGUGCAAAUUGUAAUAUUCUUUCUUGCAAAACGAGAAAGCAGCACAUAGUUCUCACUAUCUGAAUUUACUUAAAAUUUUCAAAUAAACAACAAAAGGAAAUUGACUAGCUGCAAACAUAAUUAUAAAGUUGAACAAAGAAAUUGACUGAAGUUGAAUUUGAGCCACUUACCUCUGGAUUACCAUACCAGCGCUCUACCAACUGAGCUAUUCAGUUACACAUUAGUGUGUUCCUAGUUUGCCUAUAGCUGGAUUUGAACCUUAUACCAGCGCUCUACCAACUGAGCUAUUCAGUUGCACAUUAGUGUGUUCCUAGCUUGUCUAUAGCUGGAUUUGAACCUUGUACCAGUGCUCUACCAACUGAGCUAUUCAGUUGCACAUUAGUGUGUUCCUAGUUUGUCCAUAGCUGGAUUUGAACCUCGUACAAGUGCUCUACCAACUGAGCUAUCUAGCGCUAUGUUAGUGUGUUCCUAGUUUGUCCAUAGCUGGAUUUGAACUUCGUACCAUUACUCUACCAACUGAGCUAUUUGUUAGUGUGUUCCUAGUUUAUCCAUAGCUGGAUUUGAACCUCGUACCAGCGCUCUACAAACUUAGCCAUCCUGUUACACAUUAGGGUGUUCCUAAUUUGUCCAUAUCCAUUUCAGGGGUGCUAGCCGAAAGCCAUAAACCUACCUUUACUCCAGUUAGAAAUUAGAGCGGAGAGCAGCAGGUAACAUAAGCCUUUUAUUGGCAACCCUCAAAAGCUGCCGAUGUUACGUUAUACAUGGUUCUUGUUUUCAGGACCACCGAACCGUAUCUAAUAAAUAUUUCACAAAAAAAAUAAAUAAUUGGCCAACAUAUCAUUGAAGUGUUGCAGUUCUGAAAUUUUACAAGGCAAAGAUAGUGAUAGAAUUUGCAGGAACACCUAAACAUUGUUUUAAGCAAUGUUAUUGUUAAUCACACAUGCAGCAUUUGUUUGCACUGAUUCUGUCUUGAUAGUCGACUGCUUUUUAAGGAAAACGUUUUUUUGCCAGUGAAUUUGUAGUAAUUUUAAUGCAAGUAAGUACAUUGGCAAAGAGUAUGUAUUCAUAUCACAAUAUUUUGUUUCCGACCCAUAAACGGAAAAGUUUUCAAGUUUCUUGGAAAUAAUGAAAAUAUAUUUGAUUUUUAUUGAUUGUUUUAUGACAACACAUUUAGUUUUCACUUUAGAAAUUCAUUUUUUUCUUUCCAUUUCUUUAGUUGGAGUCACUCAGGUGAAACGUAAGAACUUGUGAAUAAAACUUAACAAAAGUAAGGAUUAUUGUACAUUAUUUUACUCUCUUUUAUUGCAUUCCUCCAACUUACUUUAAUCCUUCUUAAAAAAAAACCCUGUAAAUUUAAUGUAAAAAGAAUUACACGUAAUAUUUAGGGCUUAAUUACUUUGUUGAAGAAUGUUUUGAAUGAAAGUGUAAAUUAUUGUAAGAUAUCCUGCCAUUGUUUUGGACGGCAGUGAAGCUUGGAUGACAAUGCUUGGUUGUCAGACAUUUAGUGAAUAUCUUAAUAAAUAAAGAACCCCUCCGAGGGUAGAUUAUUUUUAACAA